UUCAAGUGCUUGUUUCCUUUGUCUCAGCUCUUCAAUGGCGAAACUAGGAAAUGAAAAGAUCAGUUGGAUAGUGAGUGUGGUGUCCUGCUUCUUCUUGUCUUUGGUGCUUGCCAUGGCCACCACUAGCAAUGAAGGAUCUGGCAAGGAACUUGAGGUUGAGAAGCUUUUGAAGAAGUUGAAUAAACCAGCUGUUAAGUCUAUUAAGAGCCCUGAUGGUGACAUAAUUGAUUGCGUGCAUAUUUUAAAUCAACCAGUUUUUGAUAAUCCAAAACUGAAGAAUCACAAAAUUCAGUUGAGGCCAACAUUCUAUCCAAAAAGAAGCAAUGUUUCAAAAUCAAACCCAAUUGCUCAAAUGUGGCACCAAAGUGGAAGUUGUCCAAAAGGAACCGUUCCUAUAAGAAGAACGACAAAAGAGGACAUAUUGAGGGCAGAUUCUAUCAAAGAAUUUAGUAUAAGAAGAUCAUUAUACUCCACGGAAGGCCACGAGUAUGCCGUAGCUGAUUUGAGGGGAGAUAGAUAUUAUGGAGCCCAUGCAUCUAUAAACAUUUGGAAGCCCUCUGUUCAAGAAUCCAAUGAAUUUAGUCUCUCUCAAAUUUGGAUUUUGAAUCGUGAUGAUCCUAAUAAUGUUGAGAGCAUCGAAGCUGGUUGGCAGAUCUCUCAACAAAUAUAUGGGGAUUACAACCCUAGACUUUUUGUCUUCUGGACUAGGGACUCAUAUCGCAAUAUAAGGUGUUACAACUUGAAUUGCCAGCCUGGCUUUGUUCAAGUUGAUAACAAAGUAGCGGUGCGAAGCAGCCUACAACCAUCUAAAUAUGGUGGUUCUCAAAAUGUAUUAUCGAUGCUUAUCAGGAAGGAUCCAAGUUCUGGAAACUGGUGGAUGCAAGUUGGGAAUACAUAUGUAGGAUACUGGCCAGGUUCUUUAUUCAGUCGCAUGUCUACGGGUGCAUCAAAUGUACAGUGGGGUGGUGAAAUAGUAAACUUGAGAUCUAAUGGGCAACACACCACAACAGACAUGGGAAGUGGCUAUUUCCCCCAAGAAGGUUAUGGCAAGGCGAGCUUUUUCAAGGAGCUUUCUAUCGUUGAUGCAAAUAAUAAUCUUGUCUCUCCUAAAAACUUUGGCCUUAUCGUUACCAAUCGCAAUUGCUACGAUAUCACCUCUUAUGCCUAUUCGAAUGAUUUGGGUGUCUACUUCUACUAUGGCGGUCCUGGGAGAAAUCCAAAUUGUCCUUAGCCCUUAUUAUGCAAUCUUGGUGGGUGGCAAGUAUAUGUUGGAAUAAAACAAUAUGAGGACUUCAUUUAAAAAGUCCGAAACUAUCUAUUUAUAUCAAGGCAAUUAAUAAGGGAUAUUGUAUAAGAUAAGGCUUGUUACAACAAGUCUUAAUAAGAUUGAAAUAUUAUGUAGUGUGAUAUUAUGCAAUGUUA